UAUUUCGCCCUUUAAACACGUCGUGAACAAUUCAUAAAAUCGUAAUCAAAUAAUAAUCCAGCUUUACUAGGAUUUUGUGAUAACCGUCAGAUCCUCACCCUCGUUUCCUUUUCCGUUACCCAUCCAACGGUUAUAAUUCCCGCCUCUUCCAAUUUUCCGGCCACCACAUAAACCAAAACCAACAACAAAGAAGAAAUUCAAGAACAGUGAGAAAGAGAGUAUUUUUCUUGAGGAAAUGGGCAUGGAUUAUUACAACAUAUUAAAAUUGAAUCGCAACGCCACCGAUGACGACCUCAAAAAGGCGUACAAGAGAUUGGCCAUGAUAUGGCACCCGGACAAGAACCCAACUUCUAAAAGACCAGAAGCGGAAGCGAAAUUCAAGCAAAUCUCCGAAGCCUAUGAUGUUUUAAGCGACCCACAGAAACGACAGAUCUACGAUUUGUACGGAGAGGAGGCCUUGAAAUCAGGACAGGUCCCACCAACUUCGAGUUCUGCCUCCACGUCGGCUCGUGGACAGGGCCAACAUUAUUAUCAACGCCAGCAUCCCAAUCCGACGUUCCGGUUUAAUCCCAGAGAUGCGGAGGAUAUUUAUGAGGAGGUUUUUGGAUCUGAGAGUAGUAAUAAUGGAGGGCAAAGAGGGUAUAGAGGACAUAGAGAUGGAUAUUUUAGGAAUGGGAAUACUAGUACUGCUAAUGGAGCCGACUUCAAGAAAGCUUUGCCUGUUGAGACUGUUUUACCCUGUAGCUUGGAGGACAUUUAUAAAGGUGCUAAAAAGAAGAUGAGAAUUUCCCGGAAUGUCUAUGAUGCUUCUGGUAAGCUAAGGACUAUUGAGGAGAUAUUGACCAUUGAGAUCAGACCUGGUUGGAAGAAGGGAACAAAGAUAACAUUCGAGGAGAAGGGUAACCAGGAACCUGGUCUUAUUCCAGCAGAUCUUAUUUUUGUGUUAGAUGAGAAGCCACAUGAUCUUUACAAAAGGGAUGGUAAUGACUUGGUAGUAAACCAGGAGAUAACACUGCUGGAGGCCCUCACAGGUAAGACCCUUGACCUGACUACCCUGGAUGGAAGGAAUAUUAUGAUCCCUCUGACAGAUAUUAUCAAACCGGGUGCUGAAGUAGUUGUCCCAAAUGAAGGAAUGCCAAUUUCUAAAGAACCUGGGAAAAAGGGUAAUUUGAGAAUCAAGAUCAGUGUCAAGUAUCCUUCAAUGCUCACAUCAGUACAGAAAUCUGAGCUCAGAAGGGUUCUUGGAGGAGUUUCAUAGUUAUAGUCAUUUCAAAAUGGACCACUAAAUUAGCAUGGGAGAUAUCUUGAUCUUAGAUGUAAAUAAUAUGUAUGCUGUCAUAGAAUGUGAAUGCUAGGCAGGUUUUGGUGGUGGUAUGGUAUAGCUAAGAGCUGAGUUUCAGUCUAACUGGAAGGAAUAGGUAGGUAAAUUCUACCUAAGCUUCUGUCAUUUUUUUCCUUACAAUAAUUUACCUGUGAUUUGGAUGCUGGUAUACUAUACAUUUAGGAAAGAUUGUUCUUUGGAUUUUGAACUGAUAGUGGAGUGACCUGGUGAAUUUUUUACCAUGAGAAACAUCAUAUUUCAUUUUUUGGUUUUUUUUUUUUUUUUUUUCCUGAAAGAUUCUACGCAAGUGUUAGUUCUCUUAAUUUGUGUUAAAACAUUUAAAUUGAGUUGCCAAGUUUUUUUUUUUUUGUAAGAAAUCAUGUUCCUGUCCUAAAUUGUUUCAUUCAGAAGAUCAUCUUCACUAUUCGUGCCCUGAAUAAAAGGCAACAACUUUCAGUGGUUGUCUAAUGCUCAGAUGCAAAAAAAUAGGUUAGUACAAACUCUUCUCUGUGGUAGUGGCUAGAAAAUUAUGGGAUUUCUGGAUUCUGUCUUCAGUUCUUGGAGGCCCAAAUCAUUUGGGAAA